AGCAAUGAUGAUUUAAAUGAGGUUAAUAUGGAUGAGUUGAAGAAGUUUCUGAGGAAGGAGAAGACAACUGUCACCCAUGCCAGAGGAAUACUUGUUGGAUGUGCUGAGGCUGGAAAAACAACGCUACUGAAGCGAUUAAGAGGACAAAGUCAGAAUGUCAGCAAAGCUCCCAAGUCAUCCAGGGGAAUAACAACGCUACUGAAGCGAUUAAAAGGACAAAGUCAAAAUAUCGGUGAAGUUACAGAGUCCACCAGGGGGCUGGAAGUCCAUCAACAUGUCUUCAUUGUUAGAGACAGAAUUCUGGAAGUUGCUGAUGAUGACUCAACAUUAAGGACAUUCAUAAGAAUACACUCUGCAGAUUUGAAACCAGACACGAGCAGUGCAGUUGACAGUUCUGAUUCAAAUGAUAAUAAAGGCAAUUUGGAACAGAAAAAUAUAGAUAAAGGCACGGAAGUAAUUUAUAGCCGAGAAGAAAAGGAAGAAGAGAAUGUAGAAAUACAAAGUGCGCCAAAUGGAGACUCAGAAGAAGAAAGCACUAUAGAGAAAAUGGCAGGUGUUAUCUCUUCAGAAGCACAAGCAAUGGUAAAAGAUGAAAUUUUCCAAAAUAUUUUGUCUGAAAAAGAAAAGUUACCAACAGUCAGCAUGCUUGAUUUUGCUGGUCAGUUAGCGUAUUAUGCCUGUCACCAAAUUUACGUAACACCAAAGGCCUUCUUCAUCCUUGUGUUGGACAUGACUAAGAAGUUUGAGGAUGUUGUCGAUAAAGAGAAAGAUAAUCAAGAAGGAUUAAUCUUCUCUGUGUGGACAUACAAAGAUUACCUGAAGUUUUGGAUAACCUCAAUCAAGACAUUUGGAGGCAAAAAGGCACCUUUGCUUCUUGUUGUUACACAUACAGAAAGAAAAUCUAUAGAUGAAAUAGAAAAGUAUUUGAGGGAGUUCUGGAAAGCUGUACCAGAUGAGGACAGAGAUUGGUUAAGUAAGUCUCUGAAUGACCGGGAAUACUCUGUGGGUCUACUGGAACUUAAUGAGAAAACAACGGAAACGCUGGAAUCAAUUAAAAAGUCUGUAGUCCAACUAUUUGCCGAUGAUGUCAAUACAAAAAUUGAAAUGCCUUCUUCGUGGGCUCUUAUGGAACAAUUAUUAUAUGAAGGAGGGUGGAAAGUUUUGUCCCUUGAUGAAAUAAGAAGGCUCAAUUCAUCCCUUCCUGAAGAAUACCAAAUUAAAAGUGAUGAGGAAAUAUCUAAGUUUUUGAAGUGUUUCCAUGAUAAUGGGCUUCUUUUGUAUUUCAAAGAAGGGAAAUUAAGGGAACAUGCAAUACUGGACAUUCAAUGGUUUGCUAAUGCUUUCAGUAAGAUAAUUGCUGAUGAAAACCACAUCAAUAAAGAUUGUAAAAGGAGAUUAAUCAAAGAAUGGAAAUCCUUCAACAAAACGGGGGAACUCAAAGACAAAGUGGUAGACGCACUGUGGAAAGAUGAACCUUCAUACCUGGAACACAAAAGUGAAAUUAUGUCUUACAUGGAGAAGCUUCAAAUGCUUGUAUCUUUGGAGACUUCCGGUAACAUGACAUGGUAUGUCCCAAGUAUGAACAAAAAACAGUUUAAAGCUGACUUUUGCGAGGAAAUGUGGGAAUGCUCAUCCAUUUUGUGCUUCCGAUUCACUUCCUUUGCUAUGUUUGUGUUCUACAGACUGGUAGCAUUUUGCAUAAGUUCUCUUGGAUGGAGUAUUGCUAAAGAUGAUGAUAAUGAAGGAGAUUUAUGUCUUUAUCAAACAGCGGCAGUGUUUGAUCACAAAGAACACACUGUUGUUGUUGGCAUAUGUAACGAUGAUAUUCAGUUACAAGUGCUACGUCACAGCCGCUUAGCGGUAGACAAAGACGUAUCAAAUGAAAUUGGAGAUUGCAUUGAACAGGCCUUAGGAAAAUUGACGGAAAUAUUUCUUAUGGAAAAUAUAUUCCUAAGAGGAUUCAAAUGUCAAAACAUUAUUUGUAAUGAGAAAGAUAUAUCGUUUACCCUUGCUAGUGAGCUCUCCAAAAUUAAGGCCGAAGAAACACAAUGCAAGUGUCGAAUUCAAGAGAAACAUGUGAUAAAUGUACAAAGGACUCUUAGUUUCUGGGAAAAGAAAGAGGCAAACAAUUCUAGCACUAGACACAUUCUGGCAGACCGAUCUAGAUUUGCAAAGCUUGGAAUGGCAACAAACGAUGUGUUAAAUCAGGCAUACCGAGAUGUGCUUGAGUGGGAAAUACACCCUUCCCUAGUUUAUAACAGAGUGAAGACGUCAUCAAUUUAUAAAACAUUACGCUCAGAUCAAGAAGAUCUCUUAAAAACAGCUGCAAGCUCUGGAUAUAAGAAUUUUGAUAUUUCAUUAAUCUAUAUGUUGAUCAGAAACAUUGGUUCUAAGAUCCCUAAACCAACAAAAGGAAAAUGGGGAGGCAACAGUAUGCCUACAGCAGGAGAGAUAAGGGUGGGUGAUGAUGUGGAGCGAAUCAGAAUAAUCCGAAACUCUCUGACUGCACACGUGAGCUCAGCCUCCACCCCUCAGACAGAAUUCGAUGACACGUGGUUGAUGAUGUCAGAUAUCUGCAAAAGACUAGAAACCUUCACUGGAAAGAAGUACUUAGAUGAUCUUAAUAGCAUUCAAAAAUUGACUUUAAAGGAGGAAGAGGAAGAUGCUAUUAUAGAAAAAGUUAAAAUGGAAAGUCAGUAUGAAAUGAUGAAGGCGGUGAUGUCAGAUGUACAAGAAAUUAAAAAGACAAUAUCAAAGCCUGAAACAAAAGAUGCUUCGAAUUAAGGUUAAGAAUACUACACGUAGAACGCUGUUGGGAAUACUUUUAUAACUUAAUUAAACUAUAUUGAAAUCACAAUCAAAGAAGAAUGAUUUUAUAUGACUUUUAUUAUAUUAACAUUCACUGAUUUUUGUAAAAAUACAAGACAUUGGGUCGUUGGAUUUUAAUUUUGAGACCCAGUUAGAAAAACUUUUAAUUCAUUUUGGUGUUUGGAGGACUCGGCAUUCAAUACAAUUUCGAGGUAUUUUAAACAUUUUCAUCAUCAUCUCUGAAAGGGCUGGAUAAUUAUUCCAAAACUUGCAGACUGAUCAAGAUUUGCAAAGCUGGAAAUGGCAUCAAAGGACGUGUUAAAUCAUGCGUACAGGGAUGUGCUUGAGUGGUAAUUACACUUUUUCCUUCUUUAUAACACAGUGGAGAUGUCAUCAACGUAUAAAACAUUACGCUCAGAUCAAGAAGAUCUCUUGAAAACAGCUACCAACUCUGGAUAUAUUUUGAUAUUUCAUUGAUGUAUAUGUUGAUCAGAAAAAUUUGCACAAAGAUCCCUAAGCCAACAAAAGAAAAAUGGGGAGGCAACAGUAUGCCUACAGCAGGAGAGAUGUCUGCCAAAGAUUGGAAACCUUCACUGGAAAGACAUUGGGUGACAGGGUUGUUGGAUUUUAAUUUUGAGACCCAGUUAGAAAGACUUAACUUAUUUUGGUGUUUGGAGGACUCGACAUUCAAUACAAUUUCGAGCAGUGGAUUUCAGAGAAGAUACUUUACCAGUGAUGAAAAAAAAACAGCCAAGGAUGAAUCGAGUUUAAGGAGGGAUAGGAGGACCUACACGUAGGCAGGGUUGUGGCCAUUACACCAAUUCGUCAAAAAGAUGUGGAUGGAGAGCCAUGGUUGGCCUUGACAAAUGAAGUUGCUAAAGCAAAGAUUAAAGUGUCAUGGCUGCAGGGGAGCUACAUCACCAGUUGGAUACCCAAUCCAGACUUUGAAGGGUGUGCUCCAGAUAGCAUCCCUAGGAAUAGGGUGGCAUGUAGUUUUAAGUUUAUCAGCGAUAAAAUCUUGCCUGGCUACAUUAGAGAUAAGCUAAAGAAAAUAUUUGAAAAUUAAGACAUAAGAAAUUCUAUAUUAAUAUGCCACUAAUAAGUAGUGACAAUAGUAUUGGAACCAUCAGUAUUGGUCUCCGCUACCAUUACAUAGUUUCAUUUUGACAUGCCAGUGCAAUCUGUUGUGUGUUUUAUUAACUUGUAUUUUUUUAUCUUACAUUUCUUGCGCUAACUGAAUUUACAAUAGCAUUUGCUCAUAGCUUUGAGAAGAACCAACAAUGACUUAUUACAAACAAUUACUGGAUUGACAUCCAUGUGAAGUAUUUAAAGUCAAUCUUAUAAAUGAAUUGUACUUUGUGUAUGUCAUGCAAAGAAAUGAAAUUUGAUGAAUGACACAUUUAAUGUCAAUAUGUCAUAUUUAUUUUUUGUUAUUUAUGUUUAUCCAUUAAUGCAUUUGAAAUUGGGAGAGGAACGUUCCUCGCAAGAUUUUUUUGUUAAAGAUUCAUUUAUAUAAUGAGUUCACUUGUAAUUGGGAGAGGAACGUAUUUUCCUCGCAGGUUUUUGUUAAAGACUCAUGUAUAUCUUGAGUUCACU